AGUGCCAUGGGGCACCUUUUAUUGUGCUUUAAUUAGCGAGGAGGUCAGAACUUUGUUCACAGUUUCAGUUGUGCUAUUGUUCAGAUAACUUGCUGCUUGUCUGUGUGUAGGGACUGGUUCUUCUGUAAACAUUACACUUUGGUUACCUGAAAUACCUAUAACACCAGGCAGAUUUGAUUUUAUUGCAGUAUUUUGAACCUCAGGAACAGAAAGGAUACAUUGGUUCAUGUAACUCCUACGUGUUUUUCUCACGCUACGCCCAUAGACUUCUCCUAAUCUUGCCUCCAUGCCAAAGCUUGUGGUUGAAUGUGAAAUAGUUUUCUUUGUUUGUCGCAAUUGGAGUUUGACUAGUACAGUGCCAUUUCACAAUAAAGAUGGAACAUUUUAUUAAUGUCCUCACUGGAUUCAUUUCAAGGAGUUUGUGAAGGAAACUGAUCAGCCUUCAGUCUUGUAUUACUACUACUCCGUGAUGAUACAUGCGUGCCUAUAGUCUCUGCCAAAUUGUCAGACUGAAGAAGAGAAUCUGUGAUCAAUAUUGCUUGGACGUUGGAUAGUCAACCCAUUGGAAGAUUACAUUUCUGAGGAAAUAAGUGAUCUGAUGGAUUUAUAAAUGGAACAUAUUUGCAUUUUCAAUUAGACAAGCAGUGUCUGUAUCUUUGAGAACAUUUACAAUGGAAGUGCAUGCUGGAGAAACGCAAAGUUCUCUCAUGCGAAAGCCCUAUUUUCGGCUUCGAGACGGUAAACCAGAGCUGGCUGGGUGGAUCGUGUUUGAGAAAGGUAAAGAAAGACCAUCAGAUCUAAAAUGUCCAUCAGAUAACUUUGAUUCAACCCUUGGAAGUAUGGAAGGUUCUAUCAAUGCUAGCACGUCAACGAGGGGUGACGUGAACCAUGAUCAACUAUUACAAGAAGUUGAUCAUUAUUUACAUAAACAGAGUUUAGAUGCCCAUUCAACUGGGAGUCAGAGUACAAGGUCUAGUCUUACAAUGACAGAGAAUGAGAUGGACCAUGAUAUACCAUUACAUCAUCAUCCAGAUCAACAAGGUGCAAUAAGACUGGAUCAUAUGACCAGCAUGCCUGGCUACCCUCCCAUUGGCCUCUCAACCUACCCCCACCUACUCAAUGGAGCAUUCCAUGGCACACCAGCCAAUCAGAUUCGAGGAGCCAGUCUUCCAACCAAUGGGGUGCCUUAUCCUCCCCAUGGUAUUGUUUAUCAUCAGCUACAACCAACCAAUGAGGAUGAAGAAGAAACAACCUUCAUGGGAUCAUUACCACAAUCAUAUAGUACUGGUACUGGCAUUUAUAGCUCAAUAAAAGAAAAUCAGUACAACUCAAUAGGAGAUCCAAACUCUCUUCGGCAUUCAAACACUGCCUCUCAGACGUUACCAGGAUCCAGUGGGAUGUACCUACAACCAAGGACCGGUAACAUUAUCCAUGCUGUACCCCUGAUGACAACAUGUGAUCUUCAGACGUUGCAUACCACCAGUAGCCUAGCAACUAACAGUGGUACACUAAAUGAACUCAACAAUGCAAGGCAUAGACAAGAAAGGUUAUUUGAAUACCCAUUGGGCAUGAGUUCAGGAGUCCCUCUGGCAGCAUACCCAGCAAUGAGCAAUGGUAAACGAACCAAUGAAACCUCAGAGAUGAAAUAUCCCACAAUGCAAGAGAAGUACGGCUGUAAGGAUCACAUGUCGUGGCGCUGCUUAGCUGUUAUUCUUGUUUUACUUACCAUAGCCCUUCUUGCUCUUGUUACAUAUUUUGCAGUGACCUUGAGUCGACCUUUACCCAGCAUGCCUAACACAGUCAAUAUUGAUGAUACCAGGCCAACAUCUCCUGGUAACGAGGAGAGAACGACAAGAAAACCAAAGAGGCCUCUUCCACCAUCAAAUGAAAUAGAAUUAACAACAACAAUGACAACGACGUCACCACCAAUCCACAGUCCUGCCAUACCUUACACAUUCGGCACAGCAGCACAGAAAGAAAUACCACCGGGUCACUUCUGGACUCUAUUCAGCCCCGUUGAUUCCGCAACAUUCAUUCAAUUCAACUUAACACUCUCAAAACGGAACGGCUUUGUCGUGUAUGCCCAACGAGCGAGGGCGCCCUCACACAGCUUCUAUGAUUUCAUGCAGGUGCAUGUUGGGACAGGAAGACGAGGGAAGCGAAGUACCGACACACUGGAUGAAGACUUGCCUGAACUGACUUAUCAUGAUGUACUCCGGCUUGGUGGGUUGAAGUAUGAUGAGAGUAAGGUUGGGUCAAGGGUCAAGAGGUCAAAUAGUCACCUGAUGCAUACAUGGUCAUUCAUGGAAGAGUUAAAUGCUGGUGAAUGGUACAUUGCUGUAUUCAACGAUGGACCCUACGCAGAGGAAGUCAACCUUGUGACUGGAAGAAAAAAUGGAUGGAGUUGUCCUGGAGAUUGCAGUGGUCAUGGGGAUUGCCUGAGAGGGCAGUGUAUAUGUCAGGAACAGUAUACAGGAAACGAUUGCUCUCAAGGUGUAUGUCCAGUGCUAUGCUCAGGUCGUGGUCAGUAUGUCCAUGGUUUCUGUGAGUGUGUGGGAGGUUGGAAGGGACCUGAAUGUAGCAUCCCCUGGGAUCAAUGCCUGGUAGCUGAUUGUAGUCAUCAUGGUGUCUGUCUAGAAGGAGAGUGUGUCUGUAGCAGAGGAUUCACUGGAGAGGCGUGUGAACAGGAGGUACUAGUAGAUGACACCCUCCACUGCAGUAAUGACACAGACUGCUUCCCCAAUGCUCAAUGUAUCUCUGGAAUGUGCCAUUGUUUAGAGGGGUGGACAGGUUCAACGUGUGAGGAGGAGGAGUGUAUAUUACCCUGCUCGCCCCAUGGAGAGUGUGUAGACAAUUCGUGUAACUGUGAACAAGGCUGGAAUGGAAAGCUUUGUGGACUUGAGGGAUGUCCAUUUGGAUGUAGUGGUCAUGGUUCAUGUGAAGUGAUCAAUUCUACCUGGAGCUGUGUAUGUGAGGAGCUAUAUCAUGGACCGGGAUGUAGUAUUGGAACGGAAACAGACUGCACGGAUGAGGUGGAUAAUGAUGGAGAUUCUUUGAUUGAUUGUGAGGAUCCAGACUGCUGUCUCAGUGCAUCUAUCUGUAUCGGUGAUGCCCUCUGUGAAGCACCCCCUGACCCCGUAGAGGUCAUACGUUCAUCCAAUCAGCUCUCAGCGUUGACUCCAUCCAUCCUCUUCUAUGAUAGGGUCAAGUUUCUCAUUGAACCAAACAGCAUCCAUCGUAGUCCACCUCAGAUUCUCUUCAGUAAUGAUAGUGUGGUAUCUGUCAUCAGAGGUAAAGUCUUGUCACACAAGGGCUCACCGGUGGUCGGGGUCAGAGUUCAAGUUGAUAACCGACCUCUUAUGGGAUUCACCUACACCAGAGAAGAUGGCAUGUUUGAUAUGAUGGUGAUAGGAGGUGGGUCUAUCUCACUAUCCUUCGCCCGUCAUCCCUUCAUCACAGCUCACAUCCCAACCUACAUCCCUUACAAUGACAUCAUCCUGAUGGAAAACAUCCAAUUAGAACUCCUACCAGGUCGUCGUAGCGUGUCUUACUCCGUCCCAGAGACAGUCCAUUGUAAGGGUAGUGCUUAUAUCAAGCCUGUGUUCUCUAUCCUACCCCAAGCUGUGAUGGAUAACUGUGGAUCUCGGGGUAUACUGGGUGCUGUCCUGGACCAGAGGGCCAUGCAUGAGCAGAUUGAAAUCCCAGGCACCAGAGCAACCCUUGACUACUACAGCCAACGGUCAGUGGUCAACAGCCUUCCAUCUACCUUCAAUGCUAGACUGACCGGUCACUUCAUCCCUCGUAACCUCAAGCUUGUCCAUGCUGUGGUCACUAUGGCUGGUCGAAGGUUCCAUACGGUCUUAGAGCCGGAACCAUUCCUCAACUAUACCUUUAUUUGGGAUAAACUCAAUGCUUAUGGUCAGCUGGUCUAUGGAGAUCAAGAAGCACUCGUUGGGAUUGGUUAUGAAUACCAUACUUGUACAGAGAUCAUUUGGUCUUAUCAAUCUACCAGACUACCUGGAUACGAGUGGAGCACUACGUCUCUUGCUGGGUGGAAUCUACCCAUGCAUCAUACAUAUAACCCACAAAAAGCCAUUCUUCAACUUGGAGACGGUUGUCAGGUGAAGUACUCCCAGCAUCCUCCGAUCAUCCAGACCAUCGUUGGUAAUGGGCGCCCUCGUAAUGCAGACUGUAACCAGUGUGAGGGUCGGGCUAAGGGAGCUCGUAUACUAGCCCCAAUGGCUGUGGCUAGUAGUCCUGAUGGUAGCUACUAUGUGGGCGAUGGUGACUUCAUUAGGAGGGUUGGACCAGAAGGCAAUAUCACAAAUGUCUUGCAUCUUGGAUAUAUGCCAACCUACAAGUACUACAUUGCUGUAAGUCCCCUAGACGGUAAGGUGUUUAUCUCAGACUCUCAGAUGAGACAGGUCCUGAGGCUCAGAGACAACAAAGAUGUUGCUGAUAUCAACAACAAUGUUGUAGUGGUUGCAGGGACGGGUCAAGCGUGUCCACCCAUUGAUGGUAGCGAGUGUGGCAACAAUGGUGAUGCAACACAAGCAAGGCUGAUUGCUCCCAAAGGCAUAGCAGUUGGUAAAGAUGGCACAGUGUACUUUGUUGAUGGCACCGUUAUCCGUAAGAUCACUACUGAUGGUACCAUACACGCCUUCCUUGGUACACCCGGUAUCCAGGGUCCUCUUAGACUACCACAGUGUAGAGGUACCAUGUCAUUCAAUCAGGUUAAACUUCAGUUCCCAACUGAGCUGGCCGUCAACCCUCUAGAUGAUUCUGUCUAUGUUGCUGAUGAUGACAUCAUCAUCCGCCUUGGUCAGGACAAGAGAGCCUCUGUCCUUGCAGGAGUUCCUUACAACUGUCCCUUGGCAUACUCCAUAGAUCUUGGUGAGGCAGACGGCAGCGCUCCAGAUGAUAACAUCAGCACCUAUGAAUACCUGAGACCUAGACCUGCCAAUGAGGUAGCUCUCAUCAUGCCAAGCUCGAUGGCUUUCUCCAGGAAGGGUGAUCUCUACGUUGCGGAAGCCAACCAUCGGGCAAUCAACCGCAUCAGUAAGAUAUCAAGUGAUGGUUUCAUCUCAAGGUAUGCAGGACAAGAGACCACCUGUGAUUGUUUGUUGGAGGAUUGUGAUUGCUUUGGUGGUGAUAAGUUCUAUGCAAUGGAUGCCAGGUUACACGGACCCAUCGCCCUCACAGUCAUGCCCAAUGAUGAUCUCAUCGUUGCUGAUCAAGGCAAUUUGCGUUUGCGAAAGAUCGCACCGAGGACCCCAAAGCAUCGUGUUGGUCGCUACCACGCCUAUCAGAUUGUUUCACCGGAUCGUGAAGAGAUCUAUUUCUUUGACAUGUAUGGAAUUCACACACACACCAAGAGAUUGAUAUCGGAUCAGGUGGUGUAUAAUAUCAGCCAUUCAGGCAACAUUCUAGACUCUGUGGCUGAUUCUGCAGGCGUAGUCAUCGGGGUUCAUCGAAGGCUGGAUGGCCAACCUUCUAACAUUGUUAUCUCUGGGAUGGGAUCUCUCCUGCAGAUAUCUGUUGAUUCUCUGGGAAGACUGACUACUGCCCAAGAUACCCUAAGGAAUGUCAUCCAUCAGUUUGGUUACCAAGGAGAAACAGAUCUGUUGACAUUGAGAUGGGAGGGGCAAAGUUUGAAGAGGAUGUAUGAGUAUGAGGAGAAUGGUCAGCUGUCUUCAGUCAGACAUCUCAAUGGUCAGAUGGUUACUUUACAAUCAGCGGUAAAUUCAUCUGCAUCAUCGGUCAUUAUUAAUCAACCUUGGCAGACUAGCUUAGCCUCUGAUAUCACUCACCUCAAUGGGUUCAUCUCUAGUAAUUUCUCUCAAGCCGACCUAGUUGAUUCAGUGAUAAUCGAUCAUGACAAAUCUACAUCAAUCACAUUCCCUAAUGGACUGGUCAUCGGAACAGAGUCACAACCUCAUCCCCUGCUGGAGAGUGACGUAGAGGGCUCCCUAUCUAAACGCAAGAUCAAGCUCCCUGAAACGAGCCCCCAUCGGUUAGAUUGGAACUUCUAUGUGAGGAAAGGAGGCCGUAAUAGGGACAGGGUACUAGUUGUUGGACGUAAACUCAGGAUCAAUGGUGAGAAUAUUCUAUCGAUGGAGUACAACCGUGUUCUACGUAAGGAUACUGUAUUGGACCCUGAUAACACACAGCUCCUUGAGAUAUCAUAUAACAGCGCUAAACUUCCGAUGGAAUGGAAACCAGCAUAUGGAUUCAUCCUCACCAAUGCUUCGUAUGAUUCACAGGGGAGAUUAACAAGAUGGCAGCGUGAUCUUAUCUCAGAGUCAUAUGGUUAUGAUACUCUAGGUCGUCUCAAGAGGAUUCAUUCUGGGACUAAUGGUACAUGGCGUUUCUCAUACAAUACAGGAAUGUUGCCCUCUGAGAUAACGCUACCAAACAGAGAGCAUUAUGAAGUAACAUACGAUGGAUCUGGUAACAUAGCAAUGGUUACCAUGCCAACAGGAAGGCAUCACUACAUCAAUUCAGUUCCAUCGGUUGGUUAUCAUAGAAUCAUUUACUCAGAUGGAACUAGACCUUGGUUGAUACUGGACCAGACUGAGGAAGGCUUGCCUCUCCGUCGCUAUAGUCCAGGGACUAGCAGGAGAAUGGCAUACGUCUACGACAACAAGGGUCGAAUAUCGGAAAUCUACUACGACCAGACUAGUGUCAAGUAUAAGUACAAUAGAGAGGAGUCACAGGUCAAGCUGCUGGAGCUACAGGUUGGUGACUUCCAGAAUGCAGAACGGCUUCGUUACGAUGGUCCUAUGGUCAAACAGAAGAUAAUCCGUACCAGUGGCUUUGGAGGUUUCAUGAACGGAAGGUUUGAGUACAUCUAUGAUCGUAACAUGCGCCUCUUGAAUGUAUUCGCUGAGUUCAACACAACGGUUCUUCCAGAGCACAACCGAGCUUACGAUCCCGUCUACGGUCGCCUGACGCAGCUUGGGGCGUUCACACUCUCCUAUCCAGACAACACUAUUCAAAACUAUACAGAUCAGAAUUUUGAGAUGACUAAGAAGUUUGGAGCUUAUAUUCUUCUUCAGGAAGUUCAUUACAAGGUCAAAGGUCAGACUGUGAGAAGACUUGAGCUCUUGUUUGAUACUUCCAGUCGUAUCAUCUGGAACAGGCUUCACAUUGAUGAUACUUCACAUACUACUGAUUAUGUUUAUGACCCUAACGGACAGCUCAUUGAGGUGAAGACCGAUUCUCAGAUCGCUUGGCAGUAUACCUAUGACAGUAAUGGUAACCUUGCCUCAUUUACCCACAGACAGAAUACAACACAUCUCUUCUAUGAUGACUUUGACCGUAUCACACGCAUUGGUCAGAUAGAGUAUCUCCAUGAUCAAGAUGGCUUCCUCCUGCAGCGUGGUGGCGAACGCUUUACCUAUGACUCAAGAGGUCAACUUGUCCAUGCCUUCCAGCUGAAUGUAUACGAGGUCCGGUACAAAUACGAUGGAGUGGGAAGGAGAAUCUGGCGAAAGGAUCACACUGGACGACAGAUUCAGUUCUUCUACGCAGACAUUGAACAUCCCCACCGGAUCACGCAUGUCUUUGACCAAAGUCGGCAGGAGAUCCUGUCAUAUGAGUACGACCUUCAAGGCAACCUGUUUGCAGUGAUGCAGAAUCAGCGACAGCUCUAUGUCUGCGUUGAUCAGGUCGGAUCACCCAUCGCUGUCUACGAUGAGAACAGGACCCCUCGUAAGAUCGUGGAGUACGAUCCUCGAGGUAACGUCCUCCAUGACUCUUCACCUGCUUUCAUGCUCCAUGUUGGUUUCCGUGGUGGUCUUUACGAUGCUCAUACCAAGCUUGUUCAGUUCAAUGGACGUGACUAUGACUCACUUAGUGGACAGUGGACGUCUGCUGAUGAGACCUUUUAUGAGAACAUUGCUAGACCUCAGAAGACCAUGCUCUUCAACCUGUACACCUUCCAUGGAAACAAUCCUGUCAACCCAAAGCUUCAUCCUAAUUAUCUCAUGAGUCUUGAGGAUUGGCUUCCUGUGUUAGGAUAUGACAUGACUAGUCUUGUACCAGAGGUUGAUCGUUAUGGUUACCCUCUACCCUCUGCUAGUCUAGGAUCAUACCAAGAUAUCAAACCGUCGGCCACUAAGGAUUUUGUCAACUGGGCUAAGGUGAGAUGGGGAUAUGAACAACAAGUAAUGAUUGCCAGUUACUCUCCAAACUCAAACUUUCAUGCCAUCUCUAAUAGACACACCAUAUCAGGGAUUUCCCCUAAUAGUGAGGAAGGGAUGUCCCCUAUCAGUGAAUCAUCAGUCAAAUAUGCCACAUUACCAACCCUGAUAGAUAAAGGUGUAAUCCUAGCCAUCUCUGGAGAGAGAGUCAUCUGUAAGAAGGCAAUUAAUGCGGAAAGUGAUGCUCUGAACAUUGCUAGUGUGGUCAAUAAUUCUUUGAUUCUGGAUAGAUGGCAUUACUCCGACGGACAACGAGAGAUCAGAUACUUUGUCAAGUCUGAUCUUACGAGAUAUGUCAGUGAUUUGAGGAGCCUUGGUUACAACGCUAAUAUAACAGACACUUCAGAUGUUGUAGACCUUCACGUAGGCACCGUGCACAUGUCUGCACAGAUGUAUGAUGCGCCAUACGAGUUUGUGGUGAUAUCUUUGUCGAACAAUUACACCACGUGGAAGAUCUUUUAUGGAAUCACGAUGCGUCAAGCGGCUGAGGUGGUCUUAGAGUCGGCGCGAGAGGUAGCCAUGCACCAGGCCUGGCUCAACGAAAGGAGAAUCUUGGCUAGCGGUCGGAGAGGAACUUAUUUUUGGACAAAUGUAGAGAGGAUAUCACUUCUACAGAACAAUAUGGUUCCAGGUUAUGAAGGCCUCUACACCUUAGAUCCAAUGGUCUAUCCAGAGAUCGCAUUUGAUGGAAAUAAUAUCAAGAUUAUUCGAUCGACUUCGGAAACAGCAAGGUGAUCUUGGGCAGAGACUGAUGUUCUUUCUGAAGUUCUACUUUUGCCAUCUGUACUUUUUACUACCAUGAUUCACUGGAUUAUUCCUCUUUGCCUUGUGUGUGUUUUAUUAGUUUGUUUUAUUAAGAAGUAAUUAGCUAUGGCUAUACUUCUUUAUGCAACUGGCGGCUCGUCGUUAUUUGUUAUUUAUUUUUGUCCAGCCUGAAUUUGUAUUCAUUGGAAGCAAACCACAGUCCUUUGGUUAGGGGUGUAUUAUAUUCUUAGAGUUCUAAAAAAAGUACUGGAUUUGUUCCCUUAUCGUUUCAUGUCUAAAGAAGAUUUUGAGAAGUUUGUAGAUCUAAAUAUAUCUUUAGAAAUACUGCUCGUUUUAAUAAUCUGGUGCUUAAAUGUAUUAGUCUUGAAGAAUAGACCCUUGUAAGCUUCUUUGUUAAGAAGUGAAGAAAAAAGAUGAUUUGUCUUUCAUAAUGGACAUGAGACGUGUGUCCAUGGCGAUACUACGGAUGUGGUACUUAUAUUUUAAUCUGAUAAUUUAUUUUUCAAUUUGUUUUUAAGCUGUAUAUUUUCUAUUGAUAUGACGAUGUGGCCAGGAUCUUGUUAGGAUUAGGACAUAUUUGGAUUUUAGCGGACGAGAAGAACGCUUAAGUUGAUGUGAUCAUAUACCAUAUUUUUAAUCCACUGUAUAAAUCAGCAAGAAUAUUUUUAAAGCAUUCACUAUGAGAGAUAUUAUACAUAAUGAUUAGUGUCACCUUGAAGAUAUAUAAAUCUUUUAGAGGAAGGAAAAUGAGCGAGAAUCAUGUUGUUUAUUGCUUGCAUUUUGUUGGAUUAAAGACAUCAUAGUAUGUUAUUAUUGGAAUGCCUUUGAAUAUUGUGAUAAAGAAUGAUAUGAAAGUUACUCGGUGCUAUUGACAAUGUCAUUUACAAGGUCAUUCACUGACUAAUGGGAUACAAAGAGUAAAUUAUUUCGAUAAAAAAAUUAUCAGAUUCAUGUAAUUCACCAUCAUGUGUAUGAAAUUUUCUGUGAAAUCAUGUCAGAAAAGUUUAAGAUGUUGUGAAACCACUUUAUAUACCAUCAAGUACAUAUUCUAUCAUGUAUGAGAUGAAAUUUUUGAUGGAAUUUUGUAGCAUAAUAAACUGGAUUUCAAAAGUUAUGGAACUGAUUCAUUUGCUUUAUUCAGUCCAGUAUCAAUUUUGAAAAACAUUCAAUUUAUAUUGUAUGGUCAAGUAGUUAAUCUACUUACAAAAGUGAGGAGAGUAAUUUAUCAUGUUGACUAUUGAUAAUUUGUAAGAUACUUAUGAAAUUAUUUAUAUGUGAAAGUGGAUACAUUGUCAUGUAUUCAUACUUGAAAUCUUUUAUACCAUGUUUUAUUGACUUGAUCAAAUUAAUCGUGAUAUUUGUUUUCAUGUUGAAAAAUGUUUUUAAAUAGUGACAUGAAGAGACGUGCCUAUUUUGUAGGAGAUUUUUAAAGACAUCACACAAUAUACAUGUAUGCUUAAAGUCUUCACUUGUAAUGAUUGUUUAUUUGUAGAUAUUUUUACAGCCUAACUUGCCACAGUGAUAUGUGUAUUUCUUCUUCUUUUUAUAUUUUCUUGUUUGACAAUCAAGUGUGCUAAUAAGUGUUUUAUUUUAGAUCAAAACACUGGAUUUCCAACGUCAUUAAGAAAAGUUAGAACUUCCAUUAGGACCUAGAUUUGUAUUGAGAAAAUAUUUCAGACUUGUUCCAAGAUUUACAUCAUGAAGUACAUUUUAACAUUUGAAAUAAGCUAGCUUUAAAAAAAUAAACAAUUUAAUGCAAUUUAUGACUAUUUUAAUGAGUUAAAAAACCUAGAAGUGGUGUAAUUUUGGACAUGAAUUUUGCAUUCGAUCCUUAGACAAAGUUUGUCAAUUCCACUUUUAAGCCAGUCUCCAAAAAUAAUCAGGUUCAUUAAUGUCUCUUUUUAAUUAAAACCUCACUGAGAUACAUGUAUAUGACAGAACUGAACAAUAUUUUCCAAAGUUUACAGACAUUGCAGUAUGUAAAUAAUUGACCACAGUAACACAAAACAUGAUUCUAUUAUGAUGUCAUGAAUCAUAUAUGGUAAAUUUGUCCAGACUAUUUUGCUAAUUAAAAAAAAAUAGAGUUAUUUAUAUGAAGUCAUAGAUGCCUCAUAUGCCAUUGGCUCUGUACAGAAUAACGCUUCUGAGCUUUAGUUGCAGAGAUAUGCGGGGUUAUUUUUUAAUGAAUCAUAAAAUCAAGAUAUUUGAUUUGUUUAAUGCAAUUAUGUAAAUAAAUUGAUGAUCAACUCGUGUAUAUGCAAUAAUUGUCUUAAGAUCAAGUGUGCCAAAAUUCUCUUUAUUGUUUUUUCUUAUUUUUUCUCAUGUUGCUAUUUUGUGUUAGCUGUACUUUAACUGGUGGACACAUGCUUAUGUCGGUACAUUACUUAAAUGUAGUCUUAAAGGGGAAGUUUAGCCUUGAAUACACUAUGUCCAAUUUCCGUCUGUGAAGUCAUAAUAUUCUGAAUAUGUAUCACAAAACCAAAUCAUUCAUUAAAAAUAUUUCAAAGCUUUCUCGGACUGAAGAAAAAUGGAAAUUGAAGGAUAUUUCAUUUAUGCAAGUCUAUCUCGAGUUUAUGUAUUCAUUAUGGAAUUUAGGAGCUAUAAUUUUUUUUAAAUUCUUCAUCGUUUAUGUUUGUUAUAUUUUUCUUGGAUUCAUGGUUGAUCACAUCGUCAGUAUUGAUGUUGGUGAAAACGAAUUUCACUUAAAACAAAACAACUUUGGAACAUUGUUGUUCCUGAAUUGGUUUAAGUUUGGAAGAGCAUGAGAACAUGUUUCCGUGUGCAUCUUACGAUUAUUAAAGGAAUAAUAAAAUCAUGCUGUCAUCAUGUAUUUCAUUCUCUGAUAAUUAAGAUAUAUGUAGUUUACAGAAUUGGGACAUACAGUUUAUCAUGCUCUGAAAAUAUGUCUAAUUUGCUAGAUAACCUAUCAAGUUCCAUCCACUUUUGUCUUAAUGAUGUUUCACUUAAAUGCAUGUAGAUGACUAUAUAGGCGCGUUGUUGUAUUGUUCCAAGUCAUUGGUUCAUGAAAACUAAUGUUAUAAUCCAUAUUGGUGUUUUUGAACUUAUGUAUAAACCAACUGUAAUGAUAAAUAUAUUUGUACAAAAAAUAGUACCAAAUACUUUGUAUAACUAUAUUAAAUGUUUUAUAAUCAAUGA